GCUCGCUGCGAGGUUCGCAUAUUUAAAACACAGCGGCUCACUGAAGUUCUCACCGAGGUCCAGAGAUCAGCUCGCAGGACCUCGAAACUGAGCUCUAGUAGCGUAGAAUUAGCGCAAGGGUGGUGUAGGUGAACAGAGCGACGAGACCAUUCUCGUCAUCGUAGUUAUAAGACGCAUACGAGAUUCCGCAGUGUCGAGAGUCGGGUACCGAGCCCGCGCGAGAGUGAGGAUUUGCUACAGGCCUUCCUUUUAUUUGUCGACAUUAUUGUCCGAGUAGGUUGUGGCUGAAGUUGCGGUGGAACAGGUUGUGUGUAGAACUCGAAGCAGUCAAGUUUGCCUGUCGAAUUUCUCAAACUUACUACAGUUCUUCUCAAACAAGAAGUUUGUUAGCCGCGAUGGCAGCAACAGGGACUUUCGCCUCCACCCGUUACACCGCACUGGCGAGGCCAGCUCGCUGCGAAGCAGUCGGCUACGAUGCCACCAUGCGGUCGGGCUUUAAGGGGGACCUCAAGCCUGCAUCUUCUGGGUUCUUGGCUGGUGGCGGUCGUCUGGCUCUCGUCACCAGCGUUGGUCCCAAACGCACAGUUGCCAGAGCCAAGACCAUCGGCCUUGAAGUCUCCGCUGUGUUGGCCGAACGCCCAAUGGGGGCUCUGACCAGACAAGUAACACGGGAGAUGGAGAAAGAAAUGGAGAGGGAAAGGGAGAAGGAGAAAUCGAGGGAGAGCAUGAGCUCGAAGGAGCAGGUGAACAUGACGAAGGUGUUCUCAAUCAUCCUGGGAGGAGGGGCAGGCACUCGACUCCAACCCCUCACUCUUCGCCGAGCAAAGCCAGCGGUUCCACUUGGGGGUGGCUAUCGAUUGAUCGAUGUGCCCAUGAGCAACUGCAUUAACAGCGGGAUUAACAAGAUUUAUGUUCUCACUCAGUUCAAUUCUACGUCUCUCAACCGCCACCUUGCCAACACUUACAAUUUCGGCAACGGUUGCAACUUCGGUGAUGGUUACGUGGAGGUCCUGGCUGCUGCCCAGAGGCCUGGCUUCGGCGGUGACAGGUGGUUCGAAGGUACUGCGGACGCAGUGAGGCAGUACAUGUGGUUGUUGGAAGAUGCCAAAAACAAAGACGUCGAAGAUGUGGUGAUCCUGUCCGGGGAUCACCUGUACCGCAUGGAUUACCAAGAUUUCGUCCAGAAACACAAGGAUUCCGGAGCUGAUGUGACUGUUUCUUGCAUACCCAUGGACGAUAGUCGUGCUUCUGAUUUUGGCUUGAUGAAGAUCGACGGAAAGGGGCGAAUCAACCACUUUUCUGAAAAGCCGAAAGGAAAGGACCUGCAGUCGAUGCAAGUGGACACCACUGUACUCGGCCUGUCCGCGGAGGAGGCUCAAAAGAAGCCAUACAUCGCUUCCAUGGGCAUUUACGUCUUCAAGAAGAGCGUGCUCGCCAAGCUGCUCAGGUGGAGGUAUCCCCUCGCCAACGACUUUGGCUCCGAGAUCAUCCCUAAGGCUGCCAAGGAGUUCAAUGUGAACGCCUACCUCUUUAACGAUUACUGGGAAGACAUUGGAACCAUCAAAUCCUUCUUCGACGCGAACUUGGCGCUCGCAGCAGAGAAUCCCAACUUCAGUUUCUACGACGCUGAAAAGCCCAUUUACACAUCCGCCCGCUACUUGCCCCCAACCAAGAUUGAGAAGUGUAGAGUGAAGGAUUCAAUUGUCUCCCACGGAUGCUUCUUGCGGGAAUGCAGUGUAGAGGAUUCCGUCAUUGGAAUCCGAUCCCGGCUCGAGGCUGGGUGCGAUGUCAAGCGCGCCAUGGUGAUGGGAGCUGACUCCUAUGAAACCGAUCCCGAAGCGGCUGCUUUGUUGGCGGAAGGAAAGGUACCUUUGGGCGUCGGCGAGAACUCAAAGCUGAGGAAUUGUAUUGUGGACAAGAAUGCAAGAAUUGGCAAGGAUGUUGUCAUUGCGAACACUGACAAUGUCUUGGAAGCGGAGAGACAAAGUGAAGGUUUUUACAUCCGUUCCGGAAUUGUAGUAGUAUACAAGAACGCGGUUAUCAAGCACGGAACUGUAAUCUAAAUUACGAAUCUUUCUCCAUAUCGUGAAAACUGCUUCCUUGCAACGCCGGUCCCUGGUGAGCUGAUCCUUGGACCUCAUCAUCGACGGUGAAAAAGAUAUCAGUACUUAUCCGAGUUGUGAGAUUCUCAGCUCGUGAUUACUGAUCCUCUUCCUCUUGCCACCCUGAAGAUUGCCGCGCAGGAUUGGUUUGUGUCGGUAUAUCAGAUCAGUAGUUCUUACAUAAGACUGAAUUGAAAUGUACAAAGAGAUCAGAUCAUCGGGAGUGGAACCGUUCAGAGGAAGAAACCUACCGUAUAGUCAAGUGGACGAAGAUUAUGGUAUCAAUUUUGGAGUGUAAAGUGUGAGCGACUUCUACUGUCCUUGUAUCAUACCCCAUUGAAGUAAAGAAUUGUGCAAAGCCUUGACAGCGAUGCUGUUGAUGUCUGAUGCUUCACUCCAUCCUGGUUGGCUUCACAAGUCAAAAUUGAUGCGUC